AGAAGUCGAAGAACUACGCCAAAUGCUCUUCCAAAUGCAAAACGAAAGCUCUGCUUUCUCCCCAACAUCGGCUGCAAGUCGUUUUCGUCAGCAACAUCCACAACAUAUACAAAAACCUCAAAGUCCUCCUUCACCUCCUCAUCCUUCCAUUCCUCAACCAGUACUUCAACAAACAUUUCAAUCAACAACAAAUCAACAAUUGAGACAAGCUUUGAUUUUACAAAACCAGGCUGCAAUUAAUAAUAGCAAUUCUCAGGGCCAAGCUCAACAACAAUUUCAACACUCAGGAAACGCAAACAAUUAUAAUUCGCAUGUGCUCCAACUCUUUCUUUCUCAAGCUUCAGCAAACCAACAGCAUCAUUCUCAGCAUUCUCAAAAUUUAUCUCACCCUCCAAUGAGUUCCGCUUCCUCCUCCUCAACAUCCGCUUCCAAUCCAGCAACAGCCCCAGGUGUUAAUCGAAUACUUGAACAAAUUGGACAGCAACUUGAUAUUGCUACACUACAGGGGAAUGGAAAUAAUCCAACUGCCCAACAAAGCACAGAAAAGCAGCAACACCAACUUUUAGUUUCUACAAUUCAGAUGCUUCAACAAGCUGCACAAAUUCAGCAAAUUAAUGGGCAAGCAUCGCAGCAGCAAGGAAGUGGGGCUAGUACCCGGAAUAAUAGUAUUCAGAGUGGAGAAUCAGUCUUUUAUGAUCCUUCAAAUAUGGAUGUUAGUGAAACAUCCUCAUCUUCCUCAUCUACAAAUGCACAGGUUAUGCUGCAAACUUCUCCACAAUUAUUGUUAGACUCAAAACCUGCUGCUUUACUUCAACAAUUGCAACAUCAACAACAACAAAUAGUUAAUGUAAAUCAAAUUCAACAACAACAACAACACCAACAAAAUCAGCAACAACAGAACUUGCUAAACCCUAAUAAUCGAAAUAAUCAGUUGGAUUUGAUUAGCGCCGCAAUUUCACGUACAAAUGCUGCGGUUACCUCCCAUUUGCUCUCACCGGCACAUGGAGGAGAAACUAAUGUUAUUCAACAACAGCAACAACAAUGCAAUACUACACUGUCUAAUACUCCCAUGGCCGCAAAAUUAGCUACACUUCAAACUUUAUUAGUCUCAUUACAACAACAGCAACAACAACAACAACAAUUAGCUUUACAUCAACGUAUACAACAACAGCAGCAUCAAACAGCAGUUAUUUCUAAUGCCAAAAAUCAGCAACAUCACUUUGCUGCUCCAAAUAAAUUUGUUUUGCAGCAACAGUCCCCAACACGUGAUAAUAUUUCUUUAUCAGUUUCUGCUGUAACAGCACAUCAACAGCAACAGCAGCAUUUUACUCCUAGAAAUAAUCAACACCUCCUCCAUCAACAUCAUCAUUCUGCUCCAGCAGUCCCCGUUCCCUCCACCUUUCCUCGAAAUUUACCUCAACACCAACACCCCCACCAAACCCCACAACAGCGUCAUCACGAUACCAACCACCAUCAAUUACUCCAACACCACCAUUCUGCCCAACAUGAACGUGUUGUUGUUGUUGAGCGGCGUAGAGCAGCUAGCGAUGAUUAUAUCCAAUCUAUCUGCUCCCAAAAAUAUACAGAAGAGUAUAUUCAACAAAUACAAAUACCCGUACCUGAAGCACACGCUUGCGAUCCAAAUUUCCGCCCUCUUACUGAACAACAAGUUAUCCAACAAGUCUUACAAAAUAAAAAAUAUGAAAAUCAAAGUGUUGCUGAAACAAUGGCUCAGUUAUGCAAAAAGUUGGCAGAAAAGCGUGUUUUUGGUUCCCGUUUAAUGUCUAAGACAACUGUAGCAGCUCCAAAUCAUUCGAGUUAUAGUAACUUGCCGUUGCCGGGCAUCAUUUAUAUUUAUUAUGUUUGCCAAAAAGUGCUUUUUAAACGUGUUGAGAAAGAGGAAGAGUUUAAAGAGUGUUUUCGUGAUGCAAUGCGUAAAUUGGCUGCUAGGUGAUAAAAAUUAAUUAAAUUAAACAAUGAAUUAUAGUACAUAGCUGGUCCCCUACCGGUUGAGGAUAACUUUUUUUGAGA